GUUAUACUUUUACCAGCAUCAGGUCACAAAUUGUUUAUGAUAUCUUUAGGUAAAUAUUACAUGAGGCUGCAUGAAUCAAUAAGCUAUCAUAAACAAGAGUUCAACUGUUACUGAAGAGUGGAACAAACAGGAUAAUUUCCACCACAUGAUGAGAAGGACCUAAAGACAAUGGCGUGCUCGCCAUGGCACAUCAUGACCCGAGGUUCGGUGUAUCGGAAGAUCUUCGUCCUGGCCAUGCUGUUCGGUGUGCUGUGGUGCCUGAUGCUUGUGAAGUUCUCUAUGACGCUGAACGUACAACAACACAAGUCAAGCGAGGUGUUAAAGGAGGAGAUCGUGAGGCUAAGUGAAGACUACAUCCGUUCGCUGGCCAGGGAAAAUGGUGAUAUGGUGGAUGGGCCGUAUGCAGGCAGGUUCACCGCUUAUGAUCUGAAGAAAACGAUGGCCGUUCUGUUAGAGAAUAUUUUGGAACGGGUGCAGCGACUGGAGAGAGCAGUGGACAUACUUCUCAACUCGACCACACUCAUCGGGAUUCCAUCUCUAGCUGCUGUCGACAAUAGCAAGCUCAGGCCCAUUAUCAGGGCUAAAGAUCUGAUUGAAGGUGUGGAGGAAAAAUGCCAGCUGUCGGAAGAAGACAAGAACCGGUAUCCACAUUGUCUCAACAAGAUGGCGUGGAUGAAGGCGAUGUGGAAGUCAGACCCAUGUUAUGUGUCCUACGGGGUGGAUGGAUCUGACUGUUCGUUCGUCAUGUACCUCAGCGAGGUGGAAGGGUUCUGUCCGAAGAAGGCCUGGGGUGGGUCCCAUAAACUGGAGCUCAAGGAAGGACCUGUCCUCAUUGCCAAGGUUCGGACAGACCUCGAUGGUUUGUUGACUCUGUUGAAGGACCCGAACGAGCGCCAGGGUUACGCGUGGAUUAGAAUGCGAAUCAGUCGAAUGUGGAGCAAGUGGACGGCGGCCAUCGGCAGACUGCAGAAGAAACAGGAUCUGACAAACAGAAAAACUAAAAAAAUCUUGAUUCACCUCGGGCUUCUGUCAAAGCAGUCUGGGUGGAAGUUCGCAGAGAUGCAAUUCAAAGGAGGCCCUCUUGGGGAGCUGGUGCAGUGGGCUGAUUUGAUUUCCACGUUGUACAUAUUCGGCCAUGAGCUGACGAUUACCAGCGAAGUGGAGCAGCUGGUGGAAAUUUUGGCCAAACUGCCAGCGAAAUCCCCGUGUCAGAGCCGAAAGGAACUUCCAGUGAACAUGAUCUACACGGACAUCAUGGGCCUCAUCCAGUUCAAGAAGAAAGUCAGGGGAGGAUUCGGAAAGUUCAGUUGCCUGUUUCGAGUGGUUGACUCUUUCGGCACAGAGCCUGCGUACAACCACCGAGGUUUCGCAAAACAGAACAAAAUCCUCUCCUCGUGGGGCGGACAAGAUCUGCAGCCGAAGCAAUUCUUUACCAUGUUCCCACACAGUCCGGAUAAUUCUUUCAUGGGUUUCGUUGUUGAACAACUCGUGAACCUCACAGAGAAUAUCAAAAGAAAAGAUCAAGCUCUGGUCUACGGCAAAAAUGUGUACAUGUGGGAGGGGAAACAGGCCUAUCUGGAUACCAUACACAAAUAUGUUGAAGUCCACGGUACAGUCUACUCGUCCGAUGAGAAACCUCGAUUACCGAGUUACGUCAACAACCACGGCCUGCUCAUUGGGAAGGAUCUUCAUAGGUUACUUCGUCAAUCAAAGAUAUUUGUUGGUCUAGGGUUCCCCUAUGAGGGCCCUGCCCCUCUGGAAGCGAUUGCCAACGGUGCUGUGUUUAUCAACCCCAAGUUCAGCCCACCACACAGCAGCAAGAACACGGCUUUCUUCAAGGGGAAGCCCACACACAGGGAGUUGACGAGUCAGCACCCGUAUGCAGAAAUGUUUAUCGGUCCUCCGUAUGUGCAUACCGUCCACAUUAACAACACACAGCAAGUUGGACAGCUGGUGGAGGAGAUUUUAAAAAACAAUACAUUCAGUCCAUACUUGCCAUUUGAGUACACCGAGGAGGGCAUGCUACAGAGGAUGAAUGCUUAUAUACAGCAUCAAGACUUCUGCAGGUUUGAAAACGCCAUUUCAAUAUGGCCGCCAUCAGAAGCAAUAAAAACAUUCCUUGGGCCGGCAGGAAUCUCUUGCCGAGAUGUGUGUUGGAAUCAUAAUCUCAUUUGUGAACCGACCCACUUCAAGGAACUCAACUCAUUCCAGCAGAUUGAGAAGCAGUCUGUGACGUGUGCCAAGCGUCAAACUCAGACAAAUAUUUUCUUUCCUUCAUAUAACGAAAACACGAAAGAGUGCACCUUGCAAGGGGACGAACUCUUGUUCAGCUGUGUAGGGGAGAAAACCUACCUCAGAAGACUGUGUCCCUGUCGGAACUACAUAGUGGGUCAGAUAGCACUGUGUCAGGGUUGUGAAAGGUGAUGGUCACUGUAAAGUAUUUGACCUUUGACUCAGAUCUAGUCAUGAUCACUUCAUAAUAUUUUUCAUCUUUGAUUUCACCCUUGAUGUGAAACGCCCCACUCUCUGUGUAUGAAAUGUGAUGAUUAUUUUUUACAGUAUUUGACUUUUGACCCCAUCCUAGGUGAAUACUUUACAGAAUUUGACCUUUGACCCCAAUCCAGUAAUGAUCACUUCACAGUAUUUUAAUCUUUGACUUCACCCUAGAUGUGAAAGAUCCCACUCUCUGUGAAAUGUGAUGAUUAUUUUUACAGUAUUUGACCUUUGACGACCUAGGAAUGAAAUGUGAUGAAUACUUUACAGUAUUUGACCUUUGUAGUUUGAGAAAGGUGAUGGUCACUUUACGGCAUUUAAUCUUUGACCCCACGCUAGAUGUGAAACACACUGAAACUUGAUGAUUAUUUUUAUAGCAUUUGACCUUAGCUAGUGCCAACCAGUGUGCGACAAUGCAUUUCCAUGAGAUACAGCAACAAUAACAGCAUUUGACCUUUGACCCAACCUUAAGAGUGAAAGGUGAUGAAUAUAUUACAGUAUUGACCUUUGACGCCAUCCUAGGUGUGAAAAGUAUUUACCCUUUCAGUCCAUCUUAGGUGCGAUAGGUGAUGAAUACAUUACAGUAUUUGACCUUUGACCCCCAAUCUUGGUGUGAAAGCUUAUGAACACUUUUUAGUAUUAAAUCUAGAUGUGAAAGGUGAUGGUCAUUUUAGAGUAUUUUAACUAUCUACCCAACCCUAGCUUUGAAAGGUGGCGAUAACUUUACAGUAUUUGAACACUACCAGCGAUACCAUUAACAGGUGGCUAUCAGCAAUUUUUUGUUGUCUAUUUAAUAAAUGUCUGCCGGGUAUAGAAUUACAAAGACUGAAUGUUAAUAUUUUUUUAAUAUAAUUUGUGCAUGUUAAUAUCCUUGUGACCUGCAGUAGAAAGUUUGUCUCUGAUUGGUUAAAAUAACUAAACAUUUAAGAUAAAGCAAUGAAUUGCAUCAUUCUUAGGCUUCGGUGUCAACUUGUUUAGGUCACAUGGCAUUUAUAGCAGAUAGUAACAGCCUCCUAUUAUUUAAUUUUAUUCUGUUAUAUUUAGUCUUAAUGACCUCACUGACCACCAUACAUUGUAGUCAGUGUUUCUGCCAGAAAGAAAUUUUUGGGUAUGAUGCUAAAGAAUUGAAUGCAACCACAGUCAACAGUGGGUAUGGGUGGCAUCCCCUGAAAGAAAAUGGGU